UUUUUAAACUUUUCUUUAUUAAACAUUAUUUAAGGGGGUUAUCUGUCCAGCAGUUUAGCAAUAGCGACAGAUGCUGCCCAUUUACUAACAGAUUUUGCAAGCUUUAUGAUAUCCCUUUUUGCCCUCUGGGUGGCAACUAGACCUCCUACAAGAAAAAUGUCCUUUGGAUGGUACCGUGCUGAAGUAAUAGGAGCUCUUACUUCGGUUCUUCUAAUAUGGGUAGUAACUGGGGUGUUAGUUUACCUUGCAACCGAAAGGAUCUUACACGAAGAUUAUGAAAUUGAUUCAAAAAUUAUGUUGAUAACUUCUGGUGUUGGAGUAGUUGUAAAUAUUAUUAUGGGAUUAACCUUACAUCAACAUGGUCACUCACACGGUUCAAGCAACAACAAAUCGGGAAAUGAUUCAAAUAUCAACGUUAAAGCAGCCUUUAUACAUGUGGUUGGCGAUUUUUUACAAAGUAUUGGCGUAUUUGUAGCAGCAAUAAUAAUUUAUUUUAAGCCGGAGUAUAAAAUUGUGGAUCCUAUAUGCACCUACUUGUUCUCUGUACUAGUAUUACUGACAACGUUUACAAUAAUCAAAGAAACUACAAUAGUUCUAAUGGAGGGAAUCCCCAAAGGAAUUGAUUUUGCAGACGUUAUGAAUAUUUUCUUGCAAAUAGAAGGUGUUAAACGGGUACAUAAUCUCAGAAUUUGGGCCUUGAGUUUAGACAAAACUGCUUUAUCUGCCCAUAUUGCAAUUCUACCUGGAAUAAAUCCACAGUUGGUGCUAAUGCAAGCCACUAAAAAUAUUCACGAAAAAUACAAUUUUUUUGAAAUGACGCUACAGAUUGAAGAAUUUCAAGAUAGCAUGGAAAAUUGUCAUCAGUGCAAAACACCACCCGUUUAGUUUUAUUUUUAAAGCAUACUUUUCAAUUUGUUGUAGUUGUCAAAACUAGGUAAAAUGACCUUUUGCUAUUCCAUUAACAGACUUUUAUUUUUUAAAUUACAAAUAACUGUGCCAAUUAUUAUUCGAAUUCCAAUAAACAAAUAAAAAAAAAAAACCGGAAUG